CUUCAAGAAUCAAUGUUAGUUGGUGUGAAUUACUGAUUAGAAAAAGAUUACUGGAUAAAAGGGUGGAAAUGCUAAUUUGAUCUCUUCAGGAAACAUAUCUUUAUCUUGGUGUUAAAUAUCUAUGGAUAGUAGAUUAUUACUGCAAUUUACCCUUUUGUGUGAUAUUUGCAUCAGUUCAUCCAGAGGAAAUGGUAAAACGGAUUCUUAUAUUGUAAUUCAGUAUAUGUAGUAGUUGAAAGAAGAUAGGCGGUAGUUCAAAGCAAUAGAAAUGCAUGGAUGGAGCUAAAAAGGAAUUCUACAUCCGACAAUGAGGUUGACUUAACAUUGCAAAUUUUAGUCUAUGCGUGGAAGUUUUCUAUGCCUUAAAUAAUCCCACCUUGACUUUGCCAAUGAUGAAAAUCAACUAAUCUAGUUUGAUAAAUAAUUUUCAUGUUAGCUACUCUGGAGUUAUGUAGUUGACUGUCUGUAGUAUCUUACCUGUUCAUAUAAAAACAUGGAAGAAAUCCAGGUGACCUUUCAAAAAGUCAACAAUUAAUGUCAAAAAACUGGUGUCUAAUAAUACUGCUUUCCUUUUUUUUUAAAUAGAUAAAUCUCAGAAAUAUAUUUCUAAUAAGCUUUGUAAAUAUAUGAAUUGGUGCACGUCUUUUUCAUGUUUUUUUUUUUUGAAAUAAAAUUUAUCAUUGUAUGAGGCAAUAUGUUGACAUCGUAGGCAAUUAAUUGAUUAGUAGAAGUGUGAAAAGGCUGGAAUAUGAAGUGCUAAUCAUCGACACCGCAAGUUGGCUUUUGUUUUCAGGUCCAAUUUAUGGCACUAUUGAUGCAAGCGUCAGACAAAGACUCGUAUUAAUUACUUUUAUUAUUAGCAGCAGUAGCAGUACAACUUUUACUAUUAGGAUGUUGAUAUGAUGAAAGUGAAAUAUGAAGCAUAAGAUUUUUUUAAAUCUGACCAAGUUUUGAUCAGACACUCAUCCCCAUCUUUCAAAGGACUGCAUGUUAAUGGUGAAACAUCUUGCAGAAUAGGGCACCAUCUGAAAUUUAACAAUUUGAAUUCAAGCUUGAUUCUGAGGAUUGUAUUUGCACAGCAUUAUUAUUUUUUUCAAAUGAAAAUCAAUUGGCAAGCUAAUUAACAUAGAAGUCAUAACCUUGUGCUUAUCCCCACUGUCUUUUUCCAACAUUUGAGUCCCUGUUGGUGUCUUGAGACAUCCCCCAUAGAUUCCCAAAGUUAGCCAAGGACAAGAAGAAACAUACAAAGUCUCCAAUUUUAUUUACUUAAUUCUCUUGUUAUGCCGAUGAUAAUUGCCUUUACGCUUGUUGUACUCCAUCUUUUAGAAAAUUGUCCCCUACACAGGUCAAUGCAAGCUUUAGUUUGCUUGCUUUAAUGGUUAAAGAAAUUACACCUUUCCUUUUGUUAUUUUCUUCUGUAGUGCUCGACAAGGUGUGAAGCAGAUCUCCAUCCAUAAAGAGAGUUAAUUGUUUGAAUAAAAAAGGUGAUGGACUUUUGGUGGAAUGAUUGGUAUAUCUCAAUUACUAAAUCAUAUAUUCUUUGUCUCAGCAGCUGCAUGGCUAGAGGUCUUUUUUAAUUCCUGUGAAUGCACUCGGUUCCUUUUUGACCUCCAUAUCUUAAUGAUAUGUAUAUGCAAUUAAAUACUCGAAUAUAUAUAUAUAUAUAUAUUGGGCUCAUGUUCCUCUGUACACACUGUUAAUGGCGUUGUGUGUAUGCCCUUGAUACUUUUACACCUUUCUGAAGCUUUUGUAUAGCCAAUUAAUGGAAAGCACUGGUGUUGUAUGUAUGCUCUGUAGAAACUAAAGCAGUCAUAUUCAUAUAUAUCAUUAUAAUCUCCGUUAGUCUUCAGUCUAAUCAACAAUAAACAAACACUAACUUUUGGCUAAUCCGCAAUGCGAUGUUAGGUGGGAUCAAGGCAAGUCUUCUCUUUGCCGGUUUUGAUUAUUAAUAAUAGCUCCUGUCUUGCGAGUUGCGACUUUGGAAGAGAGGCCCGAGCACUAAUGGCGCAUGUCAUGGACUUGGUCAACAAUAUUAUGCCAGAUUAGAGAUCGAUUAAAUAAAAAUAUUUCACGUUGAAAUUGCUACAAAGGAAGAGAGCAAGAGAAAGAGAUGGGGAGGGCUCCCUGUUGUGACAAGGCGAAUGUCAAGAAGGGGCCAUGGUCAGCCGAGGAGGAUGCGAAGCUCAGAGCUUACAUCGAAACGAAUGGAACUGGAGGCAAUUGGAUUGCCCUCCCUCAAAAGAUUGGUCUGAAGAGAUGUGGAAAGAGCUGCAGAUUGAGAUGGCUUAAUUAUCUGAGGCCUAAUAUCAAACACGGCGGCUUCUCUGAAGAGGAAGACCAAAUCAUACUCAGCCUUUACAUAAGUAUUGGAAGCAGGUGGUCAAUCAUGGCAGCACAGCUACCAGGGAGAACAGAUAAUGACAUCAAGAACUACUGGAACACAAAGCUGAAGAAGAAACUUCUUGGCGACUACAGGAAAAUUAAUAACAGAUCAAAAAUAUCUCCUCAGUAUUCUCCAAUCAACCAAGAACACUCCAAUUUUCAGGGAGCAUUAAUAAACUCGGAAACCCUGAUCAGCGCAUCGACUGUGGAGAGGAUACGACUCCAAAUGUGCUACAUGAACAAGGGCAACAACGACAGUGCAUUUUGGCCUAUCUGCCAUGUCCAAGAGAGCCAACUUACCAAUUUGAUCACCUCUCCAAAGUUUGUGCAACAACAUGUGAAUCCCAAUGAUACAGUGUUCGAAUCAUCUCAGAUCAGGCAGGAAGUAGCUUUGCAGAAUUUGCAUGAAGAUACGAGUGGUUCGACGAUAGGGUUUUCGAUGCAGGAAGAGAAUGAUCAGCUGCGGGAGUUGGACUGCUUCAAGGAAUUACUAGAGAAGGAGAGUAUGAGUUGGUGGUCGAGUGAAGUGAAGGAAGAAGCAAUCUUUAGCUGCUCAGCUGAUUCUUUAUUGCUUCAAGAGUGCAUGAGAUUGUGAUCUGGACUCUAGAGAUUGCUGUCUAGUAAAUUUUGUUUCUUUUCAAUGAAUUGUGCAACCAUUAACAUAUCUCUGCCUUGCCAAUGAUUGUUGGAGAUAAAAUGCUUGUAUUUGACCUCCCAAUACUGUAAAACAUUAUUAGUUUGAGCUCAA